AUGAGUAUGCAUUUGAUAGUUGCGUUUGGGAUAAAUCUUAAAGGAAGUGAACUCGAGAACACUUAUGAGGAAGUCAUCCAAGGAACCAUGGAGGUGUUAGGAAGUUUUGCAGCAUCAGAUUACUUCCCGGUCAUUGGUAAACUCAUCGAUAGGAUCACAGGGUUACAUAGCAAAUGUGAGAAGGUUUUUAAAGUAAUGGAUGCAUUUUUUGAUCAAUCCAUAAAGUGCCAUUUGGAAGAUGAAAGUAUCAAAGAUGAUUUCAUUGCCUUGCUUCUCAAGAUGGAAUCUAAAGAGACUGGACCUGGAGAGUUUCAAUUUACACGAAACCAUACCAAAGGAACUCUUCUAGAUAUUCUUAUUGGUGGAAUAGAUACUUCUGCCCAUACUGUGACGUGGGUGAUGACGCAUUUGAUUGCAAACCCAAGAGUGAUGAAGAAAGUGCAAGCUGAGGUACGAGAAGUGAUAAAAAACAAAGACAAUAUCAUAGAAGAAGAUAUGGAACAACUCGAAUAUCUCAAAAUGGUCAUUAACGAAACACUUAGGAUAAACCUACUUUUGCCACUUCUAGUUCCAAGAGAGGCGUCGAAAGAUUUAAAGAUUGGGGGUUACGACAUUCCAAAGAAUACAUGGAUCCAAGUCAAUGUAUGGGCUAUUCACAGGAGCCCAAACAUUUGGAAAGAUCCAGAAGUUUUUAUUCCCGAGAGGUUUAUGGAAAAAGAGAUUGACUACAAAGGUCUAAACUUUGAGUUGUUGCCGUUCGGUAGCGGGAGGAGGAUGUGCCCUGGUAUGGGUUUGGGUAUGUCUUUGGUACACUUGACUCUUAUCAAUCUUCUUUACCGUUUUGACUGGAAUCUUCCGGAAGGAAUGGAAGCAAAAGAUGUUGAUCUUGAAGAAUCAUAUGGACUUGUCUCUCCUAAGAAGAUUCCACUUGAACUCAUCCCGGUCAUUACCCAUUGGACUUAA